AUGUCGCUCGCCGCCCUCGAUGGCCUCAAGGCCGCGAUCGAGCGCAUCAUCCUCGACCCCAAGUAUCACGACAUCCUCGCCGUCGUCAAAGGCGCCCGCAAUGGCGCUGUCUACGGCACCAAAGUCCGCUUCCCCCACGCGCUUGUAAUGAUCUUCCUCUUCCGCUCCGGAACCUUCCAACAAAAAGCAAGCCUUGUAUUCAAAGCCACCCGAACCCACGCCCGCAACCUCGCAAAGUUCGCGACAAUCUACAAGGGCACAAUGUACCUCCUCAAGCACUACGGCCCGACCCCGGGCAAGGAGGGCCCCUACGACUCCUUCUUCGCGGGCCUGUUGGGCGGCUACCUCGUCUUCGGCGGCCGCUCCCCGCGGACCGGCAAGAUCUCGAGCGUCAACCAGCAGAUUGUCAUCUACGUCUUCGCCCGCGUCGUCCUCGGCCUCGCCCGCCUCGCCGUCGUUCCCGGCAAGGGUCUCCCCGUCGUUAGCCGCGAGGACCUGUCCGCCAAGAUCAGCUACUACGCCUGGCCCGUCUUCGCGAGCACCAGUUGGGCCAUGGUCAUGUACCUCUUCCGCCAUCACCCGGCCGAUCUGCAGCCCAGUCUGCGGAGCAGUAUGAAUUACAUUUACGUACAGAGCAGCGAGUGGGACUCGCUCCGGAACUUCAUCUGGCAUAACAAAUAG